CCCCCCCUUAUAGUUGGAAGGGGGAGCGGCGGACAGUUGGCAGUUCGGUGGGUCCGGGCUCUCUGCCCUCUCCUGGCCUGAUGCCGAGCGGGCCCCGGCUCCAGGACUGGGCCAGCAGCCCGGCCCACCUACAGUUCAACCGGUUCGUGCUGGGCGGCUACCGGCCCGUGACCCCGCUGCGGGGCUGUGUGGGCAGCCUCUUCUACCUGCAUAACGAGCUGGGUAACAUCUACACCCACGGAAUCCCACUGCUGUAUUUCCUGUUCCUGAUGCCAGCUGAAAUUCCGUGGUCGCAGCUGAGCGUCCCAUGGCUGGCCGUGUCCCACUGCCUGGCCUGUGUCGCCCCCCAAGUGGGUAGUGUCCUCUAUCACCUCUUCAUGAACCAUGAGGGGGGGGCGCCGGUCUACCACACUCUUCUCACUAUCGACAUGUGCGGCAUCUGCCUGCUCAACACGCUGGGUGCACUCCCCAUUAUCUACGCCACACUCCUGUGCCGCCCGGCCCUGCGUGCACUGGCCCUGCUAUCCUACGCCACCCUCUCGCUCUGGGUCGUACGUCAAGCCCUGGGGGCCGUCACCACCCUUGGGCGCCUGCGCUGCUUCUUGGGGCCGGCCUGCUUUCGGCUGGUCCUCCUUCUGCUCCGGUGGUGUGGCCUGGCCUGGGGCUCCCCCUCCGCCCUGCCCUGCUACCUGGCCAUGGACGGGCUCGGGGCGCUGGGAGGGCUCAUCAACGCUGGCCGGAUCCCUGAACGCUGGUUCCCCGGCGCCUUCGACUACUGCCUCAACAGCCACCAGAUCAUGCACCUGCUGGUGGUGGCCAGCAUUUACUGCUUGAACCGGGGUGUCCUGGAUGACCUAGGCUGGAUCAGUGACCCCCGCUGCCCCUCCUGACUCCUACCUCUCUCCCCAACCCCUCCUCCUCUCUGAAUGCCUUCCCAA